AGAAACUGUAUCUGCUGUGGAUAUUGAACAAUGGGAAGGACACUCAAAGCAUCAUACUGAUAGAAAAUACAUACUGAUAGAAAUACCUGAGUUUGUUUGACUGCAAUGUAGGCAGGUCAUGAGCACAUGCACUUCCUUGUCUUUGUUACCAUUGGAUACGGUGUGGUUUCAGUAUCAUGAGUAGACUAUCAAGUGCUACAAGCUGUAAUUAUUAGCUACAGGUAGCUAUAAGGAGAAUGUUCCCCUCAAUGUUAUUGCUCUGCUGUCUGCUGGGAAGUGCUUCCCUAGUGUAUGGACAGCCGUUGAUUCGACUGGCAGCAUCCAAUGAGCCCCCUGGCACUGACCACACUGGAGAGAUCAUCUCGUUCUCUGAUGUUGGAUCAGGAGUUGGUACUGAUCCACGAGCCUGGUAUUGCUACACCAACCCUACUGGUGCAGUGUGGCAGGGUCCUGGUGGGAGUACAUUGCCCAUAGUUCUGGGCAGGGCUGCAGUUAGGAAUGAACUGUUCAUCAGUGGUAUUAUUAAUCCUGAUGCCGUUGUUCUGCAUCGUGGUCCCACACACUUCAGUCCUGAUGGAGAACACUGCUGUGUGAGGAUUGCCACCAAUGAGAGGAGAUGUGUCACCUUCACUCCCUGCCCCACACUGAGUCCCCUGUCUAAUGGAAGGAUCUCAUAUGAUGCAACCACCAACAUGGCCACCUACACCUGUGACACUGGGUACACCACCAGUGGAGCUACUCCGAUAACUUGUAUGAGUGAUGAUACUAGUGCUGGUACCUGGUCUCCAUCACCUCCCACUUGUACAAUCGUCACCUGCCCUGUCCUAACCUCCCCUACUAAUGGAGCCUUGUUCACCCCUAACCUCAACUACCUCACCAUUGCUACAUACAGCUGUGAUACUGGCUACGUCCUCACUGGUAGUGCUGCUAGAAGAUGUCAAGCUGACGGUGUAUGGUCAGGAGUGGCACCAACUUGUCCACCUGUUGACUGUGGACCUCUGGCUAUUAUCAAUGGAGCAGUGGACACAUCCUCUGGAACCACCUUCAUGAUGACUGCUACUUACACCUGUAACACUGGAUACAAUAUUGUUGGUAGUGAGAGCAGAACUUGUGGACAAACUGGAUUUUGGAGUUCAACUGCACCAAUUUGUGAAAUUGUCAACUGUGGUUCCCUGGACGCCCCCUCUAAUGGAGCAGUGGACACAUCCUCUGGAACUACCUUUAAUAUGACUGCUACCUACACCUGUAACCCUGGAUACACUCUGACUGGUGCAGAAGGGACCAGAACAUGUCAAGCUAAUGGAAUAUGGAGCUCUAGUCAACCUGCCUGUGAAUUCAUUGUCCUGUCCAUUGGAGGCACUGUCUACACUAACAACACAGCUCUGUCCUUCUCCCUCAUUGGAGAGGGCUCCUCUGCCUUCACCUGUCACACUGAGCUAUCCACCUGCUGCAGGGAACAAGACAACCCCAAUGGAGGAGGGCUCUAGGAGAGUGGAGAGGACCAGAUGGGGUCAGUAUACCUUCAGAGGCUGCUUUUGGAACUAUCGUUGAGGGAUUCUACAUCACCAGAGGCAUUAGCACUAUCAGCGUGAAUCGCCGUUGCAGUGAAACGAAUGCAGGAGGUGUCUACUGCUGCACUAUUCCCAGAGCUGGUGGUUCCACUCAAACAUUGUGUGUGAACGUGCAGGUUCCUAUACCAGCAACUGAGCCAUCUACUGAGCCAUCCACUGAGCCAUCCACUGAGCCAGCCAGUAAGCCAGCCAGUACAUGUACUGAUGGACCUACAGUUGCACUGGGAGUGUUGCUAACAGGCUCUGUUGUUGGGAAUAUUGUGUUCAUAACUUUACUGAUAGUUGGAAGAAAACUUAUACCAGAAAGGAAAAAACAGCAGCCAGUUUACAAAGCACCCGACCAGGUCACAGUGGCCUAUUAUGAAGAUGUGAGCAAGCUGGGUGUGGGUGGCCCCCCCACAACUAUUGAGCUGAGUGAGUGUCCGGCGUACGCAUCCACUGAGUCAGGGGGUGGGAAGAAGAGAGAGGAAGAUUGUAUCUAUGACAAUUAACACAAACCCUACUCAAGCUAAUACUGUACAUACAGCAAUUCAGCAUCAUGUCAUGCUUCACCUAACUAAUUGUUUGUUAUAGUUGCCUUUCCAUGUUUAACGUGCUUGUUGAUUGUAUGAAUGUACAGUUGUUUGUCAACAUCAAUUAUACACUAAAAGACA